AUGGCAACUUACUCUAUAUUUAAUGAUAUAUUUUUUCUUCAAUAUUUAAAAAGUGAUAAUUAAAUUGGUGACAAAGGUGCAUCAGGCUUAUGUUCUGGUUUAGCAAAGUGCAUUAAUCUCUCAAAUUUGACACUUUAUCUUGAUGGUAAUUAAAUUGGUGUAAAGGGUGCAUCAGGCUUAGGUUCUGGUUUAGCAAAGUGCAUUAAUCUCUCAAAUUUGGCACUUUAUCUUUAUAGGAAUAAAAUUGGUGCAAAGGGUGCAUCAGGCUUAGGUUCUUGUUUAGCAAAGUGCAUUAAUCUCUCAAAUUUGACACUUAGCCUUGGUAAUAAUUAAAUUGGUGACGAAGGUGCAUCAGGCUUAGGUUCUGAUUUAGCAAAGUGCAUUAAUCUCUCAAAUUUGACACUUAUCCUUGGUGAUAAUUAAAUUGGUUACAAAGGUGCAUCAGGCUUAGGUUCUGGUUUAGCAAAGUGCAUUAAUCUCUCAAAUUUGACACUUCAUCUUGACUAAAUGAAUUAAUCAUAAAAAUUCAAAGUAAUAAGCAAGUGUCUUAAAUCAAAAAGAUUAGUUGCCUUUAAAAAAACACUUUUCUGA